AGCAGCUUGGGCAGCGGUGCCGCGUCCUCCUCCUCGUUCUCAACCCCCCGCCCCGGGGCACGAUGCAGUUUAUGUUGCUUUUUAGUCGCCAGGGGAAACUGAGACUCCAGAAGUGGUAUGUCCCAUUAUCUGACAAAGAAAAGAAGAAAAUCACAAGGGAACUUGUUCAAACAGUAUUAGCCCGCAAACCGAAAAUGUGCAGCUUCCUGGAAUGGAGAGACCUGAAGAUUGUCUACAAAAGGUAUGCAAGCCUCUAUUUCUGCUGUGCUAUUGAAGAUCAGGACAAUGAGCUAAUAACUCUGGAAAUAAUUCAUCGCUAUGUAGAACUUCUUGACAAGUAUUUUGGCAGUGUAUGUGAACUUGAUAUCAUCUUCAAUUUUGAAAAAGCCUAUUUCAUUCUGGAUGAGUUCCUUUUAGGAGGAGAAGUUCAGGAGACUUCCAAGAAAAAUGUUCUCAAAGCCAUUGAACAGGCAGAUCUUUUACAGGAGCCACGUCAUGAAUACUUUAAUGUCCCAGUGUACUAAAUGGCUUCAUUCAUCAUGCAUGCAGAAUUUCAGAGGAGAUAGACCUGUGACUUACUCAUGACAGAACAUUAUCAUCAGCUUGGUGAAUCCAGUCAUCUUGAAUCUAAUAGAAUACCACAAGCAUUCUCUGCUGUUGUACCUUCCUCUUCCCCCUCUGUUUUACAGUGUUGUCUCUUCACAUGUCUCAUUUCAACAAAACUUGUGCUUUGCAUAUGG